AUGUCAGUGGCACCAACUGUGAACAGAGGAACACUCAGUAUGUCAGUGACACUGACUGUUAACAGAGGAACAUUCAGUAUGUCAGUGGCACCAACUGUGAACAGGAGAACACCCAGUAUGCCAGUGACACCCACUGUUAACAGGAGAACACUCAGUAUGUCAGUUACACUCACUGUUAACAGAGGAACACCCAGUAUGUCAGUGUCACCCACUGUUAACAGAGGAACACCCAGUAUGUCAGUGUCACCCACUGUUAACAGAGGAACACUCAGUAUGUCAGUGACACCGACUGUUUACAUGAGAACACGCAGUAUGUCAGUGACACCCACUGUUAACAGAAGAACACUCAGUAUGUCAGUGGCACCAACUGUUAGGAGAGGAACACUCAGUAUGUCAGUGACACCGACUGUUAACAUGAGAACACUCAGUAUGUCAGUGUCACCGACUGUUUACAUGAGAACACGCAGUAUGUCAGUGACACCCACUGUUAACAUGAGAACACUCAGUAUGUUAGUGGCACCAACUGUUAACAGAGGAACACUCAAUAUGUCAGUGACACCGACUGUUAACAUGAGAACACUCAAUAUGUCAGUGACACCGACUGUUAACACGAGAACACUCAAUAUGUCAGUGACACCCACUGUUAACACGAGAACACUCAGUAUUAAAAUGGCACCAACUGUGAACAGAGGAACACCCAGUAUGUCAGUGGCACCCACUGUUAACAUGAGAACACUCAGUAUGUCAGUGACACCGACUGUUAACAUGAGAACACUCAGUUUUUCAGUUACACCCACUGUUAACAGAUGA